UGAAUUUAAAAAUUAAAAUAAUAUACUAUUAUAUUUGAUUUAUUCGAAUAAUUUGAAUUAAUCGAAUUUAAAAAUUUAAUUCGACUUAGAUUCAAAAUUUUAAAAAGUUAAACUUGAUUUGUAUAACUCAAUUAACUCAAAGAUAAUUGAAGAUUUUUUUCGAUUUUUUCCUAUUUCUCCCCUAAUGUUGAGCAAACGCAUGCGCGUGUAAUACAUGAUGUCUUAGAGACGCGUAUCGUUUGGGUCUUGUGAGUUGUGGUUCGUUUCAUUAGGUGCUCGUCUAGUUCACAGGCAAUGAAUCAUGGGCCUUUUCCGGCGACUCUUUGGCGCCAAGAAGCCUACCCAACCCCGCCCCGACGAAGACAGGAGGCGUUGGAGCUUUAACAGAUCUUCCCAUCCUACGUCUUCGACUUCUCAUCUUGAUGCCCUUUCUGGUCCAGGCAAUGGCACAUUGGAUGCCAACAAGCGCGCCAUAGCAGUAGCAGCCGCCACUGCUGCUGUAGCUGAGGCUGCUCUGGCAGCAGCGCAUGCGGCUGCCGAGGUUGUUAGGCUGACAAGUGGUGGUGUUGGAAGCGCCGAUGGGAGCAACCGACGCCUCCCACAAGAACUGGCGGCUGUUAAGAUACAGUCCGCUUUUCGAGGUUAUCUGGCACGGAGGGCACUGAGGGCAUUGAAAGCAUUGGUGAAGCUUCAAGCACUGGUGAGAGGUCAUAUUGUGAGGAAGCAAACAGCAGACAUGCUUAGACGCAUGCAAACAUUGGUCAGACUUCAAGCUCGAGCCCGUGCCAGUCGUUCUUACAUGACAAAAUCUUUCUAUUCAACCUGCAAGAUAUCCCAUUCACGGCAUGCUAGAUGUGGUUCAAAUUCAAACCUAAUGGACACCAUCAAUCUAGAGAAAGCACGGAUGGGUUUGAAUUGGUUGGACAAUUGGAUGGAAGAAAGCUUAAGGAAUAACCAUAGAGAUUCUCCGCUUAUACAUAGGCAUGCUGAUGAUGAGAAGAGUGAUAAAAUCCUUGAAGUAGAUACUUGGAAACCAAACUUGAACUGCCCACCAUGUAACCGGAACUUUAGGACAUCUCAGCAUGGCUCAGCUUUUGAUUAUAACCAGACCUACAUGGCAUAUGACUCCCCUAGAAAACAAUCAGGAAAAGGUUCGAAUCGAAUACCAGAUAACUUUUCAGCAGAAGUUUUACCAUUAAGCUCUCUGAAACAUCCUGGAAGGAAAGAUGAAGUAAUUUUAAGGACUGCUGAUAUUGACAACAGCCCACAAGUGCUUUCUGCAUCAUCAUCAAGACCUGGAAGUAGUGCUAGAAGAAGUCCUUUCGCAAGUAGUGAAUGCUCAUGGGGAUAUUUAAGUGGAUUUUCUGUUCACCCAAAUUACAUGGCUAAUACGGAAUCAUUCCGGGCUAAGUACCGGUCUCAGAGUGCCCCAAGGCAGAGACUAGAGUUUGAGAAGUAUGGUUCUAACAGAAGAACCUUUCAGGGGUUGUGGGAAUCAGAAAGAGAUUCGGCUCAACAUGUUGAUUAUAGGUACAGGUAUAAUCUAGCAUCUGAUUGCUUGAAUAAGCUUGCUGGUGCCCACCAAGGGCAAUGACCCCCCUUUUUAUUUCCUCGUGUGUGAUUAGGCACUGCUGUGCUGUGCUAGGGCUGUAAUUAACUUACUGUUAUGUUACGAACUUAGAUCUACAAUGGUCUCCGGGUCCGAACCAGCACGACACGACUGCCGUUUGCUGAACAUGUUAAGCUUUGCAGUUCUCAGUUCCCACUCCAUGAAUUUAGAUUGUAUUUUUGUAUUAUAUAGUUGUGAAGCAGAACUCUUUAACUUAAUCCAGAUGACUGGUUCGUGUCUUAAUAUUUUUACAAUUUGGCAUGGUUUUGUCAUUAUGUCUGUUAUGGGAUCACUUUCAAGUCGAAAUUAUUUUGAAAAUAAAUGAAAUAGAGCUUCAGUUCCCA